AUGGCUGAGGACGUAAUACAUAGUUUGGAGAAUAUGAAGUUAACAUCGGAGGAAGAAGAAAUCAUUGCCCUUCCAAACGAGGGGCGUAAGGAAGAAAUUGAGAGUUGUGCUUUGAGUUUGAUUGGAAAAUUUCUAACUUGCAAGCCAUUUAAUAAGAAGGCAGCCCAAGAUACUUUACGAAGAGCUUGGGGAAUGGAUGAGGGGAUGCACAUUGUUGAAGUAGGGUCAAAUUUGUUUCAGUUCAAAUUCAAGACAGAGUUUGAGUUGGAGCGGGUGUUCAAGGGUGGCCCAUGGACCUUUGAUAACCAGAUUUGGGAUGCUCCGUUUGACAUGGUUAGUCCCGCUAUGGCGACAGAGAUUGGUAGACGUAUGGGGCUGGUAGAAGAGGUGGAAAAGAGGCGUAACAAGGAUGGGCAGAAUUUAUUUAUGAGGGUUAAAGUGGCUAUUCCAAUAGCCAAACCGAUUCGUCGAGGGGGAUUCCUGGCUGGCUCAGACGGCCAGAAAACGUGGACCACUUUCAGGUAUGAGCGCUUGCCAAUGUUCUGCCAUUGUUGUGGUUUAUUAGGCCACGACAUUAAGCACUGUGCCACCUAUUAUGCACUGAUGAAAUCGGGGAAGGAAGUGCAACUUCAGUAUGGAGAAUGGUUGAAGGCUAGUGGGGGAAGACAGCGGGUGGAGCGUACCAAAUCUGGCUGGGGCGACACAGUGCCGGAGAAAGGUAAAGUUCAGGCUGAGAGGUUGGGUGCGGCGGCGGCUGAAGGAGUAAACAACGUAAACCCUAGUGUAACGGUGAUAAGUGAGAAAGGAAAGAGCGAUAAAUCCGGUAACGCUCAUGAAGACGGGGAUUAUGUUCCGGGUUUUAAGGGAAGGGCUGCAACGAAUAUGGAAUUAACUCCAAAUGCUUUAAUGGACGAUUCAAAGGAGGUAGGGCCGAUACAUGAGGAAGUGCACGUGGGGUUAAAUUCAAAGGAUGAGGGUAACGCUUCUUUGCAUGGGAUUGUGCAUGUGGAGGGAAUGGGCUUGAAUGGGCCAAAGAUUUCUAAAACUAGGCCCACCUGGACAAGAUUAGCCCGAAUGGACUUUGGGGAAGGGAAUUCAAGUCCAGCUGAAGUAGCCACGGUGCUUGGGAAGAGAGGCUCGUUUCAGGAAGAGAUGGAUGGGGGUUCAGAGUCAAAAGUUCACUUGAGGAAGCGGGAGAAGAUUCAGAUUAAUCCAGAAGAAAUGGCGGGGGUGCUUGAGCACCCUUGCCGGUCACAAUGA